AUGUUUUCUAAGAAUGAGAAAGACAUAACGGUUGUGAAGUCGGCUGGCUCGACGACUCUGAUCGCUCGCCUGCGCCAUCUGUUCUACGGCGACAUUUCCAUCGCCAACUCGAGAAUUGUGUCAUACGAAGAUGGCAAGGAAGGCGAAGAUUUUCAACUCAAGCGUGGUUUAAAGCUGAGACACGUGCAAUUGAUUGCCAUUGGUGGUGCCAUCGGUACAGGGUUGUUCGUUGGUUCUGGGCUGACGUUGCAAUCGGGUCCGGCGGCGUUGUUUUUGGCGUUCGUAUUCAUGUCCCUGAUUAUUUGGUGUGUCUUGCAAAUCAUGGCGGAGAUGAUCACCUUUUUGCCCGUCCCCGGUAAUGGUCCCAUGGCGUUCGUCUAUGACAAUUUGAGUCCUCUGUUUGGUUUUGCCAUUGGUUGGAAUUAUUGGUACGCGUUUCUGAUGUUGGUUGCCGCAGAAGUUGUUGCUGCAGCCUACGUUAUCGAGUACUGGAUCAAGCUGGUUAACAUCGCAGUGUGGAUCACAAUCAUCCUUGCCGUGACAUUGAUCUUGAACUUCACAUCAGUCAAAUUCUUUGGUGAAGCUGAGUUCUGGUUUGCUGGUAUUAAGAUUAUCACGUUGACCGGUUUGAUCAUUUUGGGUAUUGUUUUGUUCUUUGGUGGUGGUCCUGACCAACACCAUGUCCUCGGGUUCCACUACUGGAAAGUGUACCCUUUCCGCCAAUUUUUCUACACCGGUAACGAUGGAGAAAUUGUGGAAGUACCGGGAGCCACGGGUCGUUUCUGUGCCUUCUGGAGAGCAGUCAUCAAGUCUGGUUUUGCCUUUAUUUGUUCUCCCGAAUUGAUCGCUGCCGCGGGUGGUGAAUGUGAGAAGCCUCGCCACAAUAUCCCCAAAGCAGCUCGUCGUUUCAUUUACCGGUUGAUCUUCUUCUACUGCUUUGGUACCCUUGUGAUUGGUGUCAUUUGCGACUCUAAGGACCCGCGUUUGAUGGGGGGCUCCUCGGAUGCCUCUGCCUCGCCCUUUGUUCUUGGUAUUAUGAAUGCCGGUAUCCCCGUGUUGAACCACAUCAUCAAUGCCGCUAUUUUGACUUCGGCUGCUUCAGCAGGUAAUUCCUUCUUGUUCACGGCUUCGAGAACCAUGUACUCGUUGGCUGACAGAGGAUUAGCGCCCAAGAUCUUUACCAAAGUCAAUCGUUGGGGUAUUCCCUACUUUGCUGUCGCAGUCUCGUCUUUGUUUGGCUUCUUGUCGUACCUUAAUGUGUCGAAUUCCUCGGCCUCGGCGUUCAACUGGUUCUCCAAUAUUUCCACCAUCUCGGGCUUCAUCUCCUGGAUUGUGGUUUGUUUUGCGUACCUUCGUUGGAAGAAGGCCAUCACCUACAACGGCUUGGAUGACCGUGUUACCUUCCGUGCUAAGUUUACGCCGUGGAUCGCUUACUGGGCCAUCUUUUGGGUUUCGCUCAUCACCAUUACCAAUGGUUUCAUGACGUUUUUCAACUUUAACGGGGCUGAUUUUGUUGCUGCUUACAUCACGUUACCCAUUGUGGUAUUCCUUUACGUGGCUCACCGGCUCUACACCGUCUUUUAUCUCAAGGAAAAGCGUUGGUUGACUCCCAUCAAUGAGAUCAGCUGUUCCAACGGCUUGGAUUUGGUAGAAGAAGAAGAUGCCAAUACGCCGUUACCAGUGGCCAAGAACUGGAUUCAAAAAAUUUGGUACUGGAUCGCGUAA